AUGAGAGACCAACAGACCUCUGUUGAUGAGAUGGUUUCGACACACCAUCUCAAAGAGAACAAAAAUACACGCAUCGACCAUGUUCUUGCAGAGAAGCCAUCAGAAGAUGAUGAGCUGUGCGAUCCAGGGACGCCUACCGAAGACCAUCACACCCCAUCACCUUCGCCUACCAUCGAACAAGUCGACGAUGAUGACGAUAGUGACGCAGCGUCCAUUGGCGGCCAAAGGAACACUAUGACAUCGGCGCAACUCCGAAUCGCAAUUCCGGCUCUAUCGGUUUGCCUUUUCGUCUCUUUCAUCGAUCAAACUAGCGUCUCGACAGCAACACCCGCUAUCGCUGUGGAUUUGAACACCGGAACUGCAACAUCAUGGAUCGAUAUCUUUGGCCGCAAGAAUCUGUUGUUGAUUAGUCUCACGUUGAUGGCUUUGGGAGACCUUGGAUGCGGUUUCGCGCAAACGGCGGUGCAGCUAUUUGUUCUCCGUGCUAUUGCGGGUAUUGGUGGUGGCGGCAUCAACAGUCUUGUCAUGAUCAUCGUAAGCGAUAUCACAACGUUGCAGAAUCGAGGCAAAUAUCAAGGAUGGCUGGGCGCGAUCAUUGCUUUAGGAAACGGCGCAGGCCCCUUCCUUGGAGGUGCUAUUGUUGAAGGAGCGACAUGGAGAUGGGUAUUCUGGAUAAUACCCAUCAUGUCUGUGCCUACUUCCAUGGUCAUUCUAUUCUUUCUACCGCUGAAACAUCGAUCUGGCGACCACCUCGAAAAGGUCAAGAAGAUUGAUUACGGCGGCAUGUUGCUUAACAUUGCAUCGACUCUGCUCCUGCUCAUCCCCUUGUCAGGAGGUGGUGUGACUUAUGCAUGGGCGUCUCCCUUCUUCAUCGCUUGCACUGUCACCGGCGCAGUGUUGGGCGUACUAUUCGUGCUCUACGAAUGGAAACUUGUGGCUCUUCCGAUCAUGCCACUCCGAUUGUACCGUGCACCGCAUUGCUGGGCACUAUAUCUGCAGACGUUUCUCAUCGGCCUUGCAUACUUUGGCAACUUCUUCUACCUUCCGAUCUACUUUCAGUCGGUUCUUAGGUAUUCGCCCCUAGUUUCAGGUGCGUUAAUCCUGCCGGUAGUCAUCACAACAUCUUUUACGUCUAUCGCAUCUGGUCAGUACAUGAACCGAGUCGGCAGCUAUAUGCAUUGCAUCCUGCUCGGGUUUGCCCUCUGGACUCUUGGAAAUGGCCUUACCCUAUUAUUCGACCGAGACACGAGUCUCGCCGUGCUGAUAGUUGUACUCAUCAUAGAAGGUGCUGGUAUCGGUUUAACGCUCCAGCCGACGCUUGUGGGCAUGUACGCUAAUAGUCGUGCGGAGGAUCGCGCGGUGACGACUGGCUUGCGUAAUUUCAUCCGCACUAUUGGUGGCGCUUUUGGCCUGGUUAUCUCGGGUGUUGUCCUUGCAAAUACGCUCAGACGGGACCUAUCAAACAGGCCCUUCGUGUCAGCGAGUCUGAUGAGCCAACUAACAUCCUCAACAUACGACCUCGACCAGUUUGGUCUUUCACCAGACCAAAAAGAAGAGAUUUUCGACACUUAUAUGCGCGGCCUACACUAUAUCUUCGUCUUUUUCACAGUCUGUUCAGGCCUGAGCUUGUCUUUGACGUUCUGGGUUGGAAAUACUAGUCUGAAAGCGCCGAAAAAGCUGGAUGAGGAAAGAGCACAGCCGACAGUACCACGAGAUGCGCCUCGACAAGAAGUCAUUCAUGGCCAAGAAGUUGAAAUAGAACGAACUCCUUCUGAUGAGAAGAGAGCAAGGAUGGGAGAAGCCGUGUAG